CGACAGUUAUGCUCCCAAAUCUCGCCUAAAACAAUCAACGUUGCUCUCUUCCUUCCUGCGCUGCCCCACCUCCGCCUCCUCCCUCGCCGGCCACCAUCAGCGCUAACGGUAACAUUUCCCGGCGGGCGGAUUCCGCUCUAUUUUAGUAACUUCCACACUCGAUUUUCUCUCUUUGUCUCUCCCUCGUCGUACUUCCACCACUCCUCCCUCCACCUCUCCCGUCUGUGCUGUCCAGCUCUCCUUUCCUCCAUCCAGUGGAGGAUUUCAUUUGUACAAGGCGGUGGUAAAAUCCUAGGGUUUUGGAGAGUGAAGGGGACGGGGGAUAAAUCAAUUGGGAGUUGGAUGCUGAGUUUCGACAAUGGUAGCUGCAGUUUCUGCUCAGAUAAACCCUCCGAAGCCGAGGCCAACACCGCAAAACCAGAACCCUACCAGGCCGCCUCUGCUGCCCUCGGAAUCGGACAAUGCUCUCGCUCCUCGCCGCCCCAAGCCUCGGGAAGUUACUUCUCGCUACAUGUCCUCUUCUUCUUCGUCGUCUUCGGCCGCCAAACGCUGCCCCUCGCCCUUGAUUUCCCGGCCCAAGACUCCCACCACGCCGUCUGUUCCUUCAACGAUUAAGCGCUCGCAGUCCGUCGAGAGGAGGAGGUCCGCUACCCCUACCGGCCGCCCUAAUUCCGCGGAUGUGAGGAUCGCGAACGGACACGGCGCCGGUGCAGGCGAAAUGACGAAUGCGCAGAAGAUGUUGAUUUCCUCGACGAGAAGCUUAUCUGUGUCGUUUCAGGGAGAAUCAUUUGCGCUCCAGGUGAGUAAAGCGAAGCCGGCUCCAUCACCGGUUAGCGCGAGGAAAGGAACACCGGAGCGACGGAGAGCUACGCCUACGCGAACGGAUCAAGCGGAGAAUAAUAGUUCCAGGUCUGCGGAACAGCAGCACCGGUGGCCGGGGAGAUUGCGGCAGCCGCCGAAUUCCAUGACGAGGAGCGUUGAUUAUACUACAGAGAGGAAGAGAGCUAUCGGAUCUGGCGUCAGUGCCAACGUUGUGAGAGCACUGCAUAGAUUGGAUAGUAGGUCCUCAAUUGAGAGCAGAUUGAGCUCUGAUUCCAGCAAUGUCGGAGAACCAGAAAAGCUAGUCGGAAUCAGCGGAUCCGAAGCAAACUCUGAUCCUCGUUUGCCUUCCGAUACUGAAAGUGUAUCCUCCAGUACAACUUCAGAAGGAAGUAACAACGCCGGCGGGCAAUUCCGCAAGGGUGGACGUGGGUUAACUGUUCCGGCGAGGUUUUGGCAAGAGAAUAACAACAGAGUCCGUCGCCAACCAUCUGACUCUUGUUCACCUUCCAAGUUUGCAGCGUCCAGAACAACUUCACAGCAGAAAAUCAUGCCGCCCAGGAAGCUUGGAAUUGAGAGUCCAGUUUCUUCACCAAAAGGUGUUAUCAAUACAAAGGGGCAAUCGUCUCCCUUACGAAGGCCUGCAUCACCUAGUAAGAUCGGGGCGAUAUCAGCAACGGCGACACCUGUGAGGGGUAUGAGCCCUUCAAGAAUGAGGAAUCCACUGGGAGGUGCAACGGGCAGUUUUGGUAAUACGUCAACUCUUUCUAUUUUGAGCUUUGGUGCUGAUAUUAGGAGAGUGAGAGGUGGGGAGACUCGGCUUGUUGAAGUGCACCAUUUGAGAAUUUUGUAUAAUCGACUGUUGCAAUGGCGGUUUGUCAACGCCAGGGCUGAUGGUGCCCUCUCCGUUCAGAGCUCGAAUGCAGAGAAAAGCCUGUGCAGUGCACAUGUAGCAACAACAAGACUACAAGAAUCGGUUAGAGCAAAGAGAACUGAAUUACAAUGGCUUAGGCAGAAUGUGCAGCUGAUUUCUGUGCUGAGAGGGCAGAUGAAAUAUCUAGAGGAGUUUGCACUCUUGGAACAGAAUUACUCAUGUUCUUUAUCAGGGGCCAUUGAAGCUUUACAAGCAAGCACACUCCGCCUGCCUGUUGUUAGUGGAGCACGGGCAGAUACUCAGAAUGUGAAGGAGGCUAUCUAUUCAGCGGUUGAUGUGAUGCACGCCAUGGGCUCUUCCAUACGCUCUUUGCUUGUAAAGGUUCGGGAGAUGAAUUCUCUUGUGACAGAACUUGGUAGCAUGUCUGCAAACGAGCUUUCAUCACUUGAUGAGUGCAGAGACAUGUUGGCAAUGCUGACAACGAUGCAGGUGAAAGAAUGUAGCUUGCGUACACACAUUGCACAGCUAGGAGGCCUAUUUGCCGGUGUGACAACAGAAAUGUAAAGCUCCCCCCGCUCCCAAAUUGACUUCCCACUUCCCUAAGGACAGCUAACUACAAAAACCACGUUCGUUGGAUCUUCCUCUGAUGAAAUGAAUAAGCGGUAAGAUUUAGCUUUGAGCCGAAGAAGAGUGGUUUUACAUAUAAUAUUAUUAAGGGUUAGUUAUUAUAUUUUUGGGUUGUGUAUUAGUCCCUAUAUCCAGAAACUAGAUUGUAUAGAGAAAGUUGAUUUCCACACAGUAGUCAGUAACUCGGUAAGUCCUAGGUAAGUAGUAAGAAAGAUUCAUAGAGAAAUAGAAAAGGGAAAGAAAAAAAAAACAUGCACCUGUAAAUAUACAUAUUGUAAUGAUGGUUCCCAAGUGUUCAUUUAUUCGACGGCUCCUCGUGCUUAUCAUUAUCACUUGUGUCUAGUCUGUAUUCUGCUUCCGUCUUUGAGACUCUGGAAAUCCCAGUGACUAUGGUGGUUCAUGAGUGCAGUAGUGACAGUAAAUUUUGUUGGAAAAG